UCCAAAAUGCCUACGGAGCAAGAUACAACGGUGUGUAACAUAUGCAAAAAAAGUCGGCUAAAUAGCGGUGUCCAAAACUGGAAAUGCACAUUCUGUAAGGAAGAGGAAGACGACGUAAUUUCAACUUGCAGCGAUUAUCCAGUACCACCGCAUCCACAGGAAGUUCAAUCCAUUAAUAGCGCUAAGUCUGAUCAGGAACAGCUGGAUGCCUAUCAACCACAAAUUCAACCCAACAAGCAACAAGCGUUCAAGUUAGCUGAGCCGAAAAGCGCCCCGAGCAACAGUAAUCUAAUGCUGGCAAUGCUUGAAGAGACGCGUGAAGCUGAAAGAAAGUACAUUCAUCAAAAGUAUACCUUUCUUGCCCAGCAACAGGGAGUAAACACAAUCCCCUUCCCAGAGAUUGGACCAACUACUGCACAACUAGCCGCAAGACAAGUCUUGCCAGCGGAUCUUCCCCCAUUUAGCGGUAAUCCAGAGGAAUGGCCCAUGUUCAUAAGUAUGUACGAAAACAGUUGCGCUGUAGCAGGCUUUUCGAACGCAGAAAACAUGCUGCGGCUUCAAAAAUGCUUGAAGGGAAAAGCGUACGAGUUGGUCCGUGAUAAGCUGCUGAUACCAACACUGGUUCCAGAAGUCAUCAGUACGCUGAAAACAUUUUUUGGACGACCUGAGCAAAUCCUCGAUCGACUGAUAGACAGGAUCCGUAAAAUCAACGUGCACAAAGAUAAGCUGGAGACACUAAUAGACUUCGCCAUGGCAGUCCGCAACGCCUGCGCCACAAUGGAAGCUUGCCGGUUACAUAGACACAUGGUCAAUCCAAUGCUGCUACAGGAACUCGUUGACAAGUUACCUACUCAUCACAAAUUAAGCUGGGCUAUGCAUCAACGCUGUGAUUCGAUUCCCAUAAUACAAUCUUUCAGCGACUGGCUAUAUAAACUAGCGGAAGCAGCCUCUACCGUACUACCCGGAUCAAGCGCAAAGACCAACAGUGUAAACACCCAUUCACAAACUCGACGAGGAUCGUCGAACGAAGCAACUUUCGAUACGGAGGUCGAUCUCCAGGAAGAAACCAGAGCGAGCCAAACGUGCAUUAUGUGUAAUUCUACUGAACACACCGCCGCCCAAUGCGAAAAAUUUAAGCUGCUAACUGUUCCAGAAAGACAAAGAAUUAUAAACGACUCUCGGGCUUGCUACAGAUGUUUGAAGGCCCAUCGCCGUAAAUGUUUUUCCAGGCGCGACUGCGGAGUCGACAACUGCCAAUCCAAGCAUCACCCGUUACUUCAUAGAGAUCCACCUCAAUCAGAGCUAGUUAGUGCUCAUCAUGAAGAAGGCAUUAUGGAAGAACAAUACUUCCGAAUUCUGCCAGUCACUCUGUAUGGAAAUGGAACUUCCAUUAAUACAUUUGCCUUUCUGGACGAAGGCUCAUCAGUAACUCUCAUCGAAAGCGUACUCCUGAAAGAUCUAAAAAUUGCCACAACAAAUGAACCGCUAUGCCUAUAG